AUUCCGGAACUAUUAUCCUGUGGGACAUUGCUUAUAUCGUGACGUGGUUGGAGUGGCUAGAAAUAAACUACAUUAGUGAACGUUCUGUAGUUAUGGACUAAUUCAGUUGAUAUUGUAUUCUCAACAUAUGUCAAACAGUGCAGUCUUAUCUGGCAGGCAUUGAGACCUCUUGGCAUUGUGGUUGUUGUUGUUUUGAGGCUUCUGCGCGGGGACACGCCUAUCAUCACUAGCCCUGUGACUCUCUGUCCCUGCGUCAUCAUGAAGCUGUACAGCCUCAGCGUCCUCCACAAAGGAGCGACUAAAUCCAACCUCCUUAAAUCUGCCUAUGACCUAUCCUCCUUUAGCUUCUUCCAACGCUCCAGUGUGCAAGAGUUCAUGACCUUCACCAGCGCCUUGAUUGUUGAGCGUUCUGCACACGGCAGCCGAGCCUCAGUCAAAGAACAAGAGUACCUGUGCCACGUGUAUGUGAGGAAUGACAGUCUGAGUGCAGUGGUGAUAGCAGACAGCGAGUACCCUCAAAGGGUCGCCUUCACACUACUAGACAAGGUGCUAGAGGAGUUCUCCAGACAAGUGGACAGCAUAGACUGGCCAUCUGGAAACCCCGAAACCAUCAACUACAAAGCUCUGGACAUCCACCUGGCCAAGUACCAGAACCCCAGAGAGGCAGAUGCUAUGACCAAAGUGCAGGCUGAACUGGACGAGACAAAGAUCAUUCUGCACAACACCAUGGAGUCUCUGUUGGAAAGAGGGGAGAAGCUGGAUGAUCUGGUGCAGAAGUCUGAACACCUGGGGAACCAGUCUAAAGCCUUUUAUAAGACUGCACGGAAGCAGAACUCAUGCUGCGAGGUCAUGUAAUGACUGUGAACCGUCCUCUUAGACACAUCUCUUGGCCUUUCUGCUCAUCCUACAACUCCCAUCAUGCCCCAGCCUCCAGGAGAUAGAAUGGCCUCUGCUCAGUCACUGGGAGGGCACAGAGGCAGUUGGGGGGGG